UCUCUGGGCUUGAUAACACGCAGGCGGAGGAAGAGGGUGAGGUUUGGGGUGUGGAAGGGGAGGCGCUUCCUCCGGUCCGGCUCGCUCUGAAGGGAAACUCCAGUUCACUUCAACCUGACGAGUCUCAGAGAGCAGCAGCUUCUCUCCAUCCUCUCCGCUGAGCAUCAUGGCCUCCAAAAACUCCAACAAUGUGCAGAAAGUGGUGAUGGGUCUGCUGGCGCUCUGGUCCAUCGUCUCCAUCAUCAUCAUCGUGGUGUGGGCCACGUCUCCGGACCUGAAGGGCUCGGCCCAGUGCCGCGCCGAGCUGCGGGAAGCGACGGAGAAGCUGGAAGGAGCCAAGGUGGUGUUCAACAAGGACAGGCAGGCGCUGGAGGAGAAGACGCUGAAGGCUGUGGAGGAGCAGGAGCGGCUGAAGGCCGACAUCCUGCUGCUGCUGGGACGCCUCAACGCCGCCAACGUCACGCUGGAGGAGUGCCGGCUGAAAAACGUCGUCCUGGCCGGGAACGUCACGGCUCUGCUGGACGACGUCUGGCUGCUGCAGCAGAGGGAGGCCAACCUGACGGAGCGGCUCGGCCUGCAGGAAGAGCACAUCGAGGCUUUGCAGCAAAACCUGACGCAGGCUUUCCAUGAGGCCGAGUCCUGCUUCAGCCUGAAGACGGCAGCUGAGAACCAGAAGUCAGCAGCUCAGAGUCUGACCAAAGUCUGUGAAUCCAAGCGGCAGUACCUGGAGAAGCAGCUUCAGAAGUGUAAAGCUGCAGAAUCAGAAACUCCUCAGGUGAACCAAGCAGGCUCCUCUUCCUCGUCGUCUCCCAACUCUGCCGCCGCGCCCCUCGCUGGUAUCCCCGCGCUGACGCUACUCAUUUGUGCUGCUCUGCAUCUCAUAACCUGAGUCCGGAGCGGCGGCGGGUCGAACCGGCAGCAAGCACAGCGGUCCAGGAGGGGCGGAGGCAACACGGCUGCUGUACAAACUUCCUGUCUGCGCAACAACGGGGUCGCCAUGGAGACGCUGAUGGACGCCUGGAUUGACUGUUUCUGCUUCUCAUUUGCUUUCAUCUCCGGAUCUGAGCUGCUUCAUGCUGGACUCUCCCGGCUGCAGCGCCGCCUGGUCCAGAACGUCAGAACUUAUUCACACCAGCGUUUGGUUUAUUUCCUGCUGUGGCUUCAAUCAGGCUGAGGGAGAAAAGGGAUUUACUGCCGUCAGUUAUGUUUUAAUGCCUCAAUCACUGCUUGAAACCUUUUGUCUCAACUUUUAGAUGUUAUGAAAUGCUGGUUUAAACUGCGGCGGCUCAGGGUGGGAUGUACUCAUUUCAAUAAACCUGAGCUCUUUCUA